UUCUACUCUUCUUCGCGUGCUUGAUUGCUCGCCGUCGUUCAUUCACUUCAAUUUCAUCACGGACGCGUUCCCCUUCAGCUGUCAAGGUUUCAGCGGCUGAAGAUCAUCCUUGCUCGCCGCAUGAGCGCGUGAAGCUCCCCACGAUAUAGGUCUAUCAAACCCUCGAGGGCGACCACCGACUCGAACGAAACAUCACCUCCGUCGCCAUGGCUGCCUUUGACGAAAAGUCAGCCCCACGAAGGCGCUCCGACCUGCCGCAGUCGAGAACCAGCGUCGCUGCGCCAGCGCCCACCCUCGUCCAAACCAGCCCAGACAAGCCGCCCUAUCCCAAUGGCACCUACACAUCCGUCGGCGUGCGCGACAACAACAUCCUCAACCUCAAGAGCAGUGAUUGGCAGCUAUGCGGAGUCGUCACCCUGAUUGCGCUGUUCGUGCGGCUCUUUCGCAUCUACCAGCCGACCAGCGUUGUGUUCGACGAGGUACACUUUGGAGGAUUCGCCAGCAAGUACAUCAAGGGCAGGUUCUUCAUGGACGUCCACCCGCCGCUCGCCAAGCUGUUGAUCACCCUGGCGGGCUGGCUCGCUGGGUUCGAUGGCAACUUCGACUUCAAGGAUAUUGGAAAGGACUACCUCGAGCCUCAAGUGCCAUAUGUGGCCAUGCGACUGCUGCCUGCGCUGCUGGGAGUGCUCUCUGUGCCGACCAUGUACCUCACGCUCAAGGCUGUGGGCUGCAGGAGCGUCACUGCUUUCCUCGCUGCGGGACUUCUCACCUUUGAGAACGGCUUCACCACCCAAUCUCGAUUGAUCCUCCUGGACUCGCCAUUGAUCGGCUUCACAGCCCUCACUGCGCUGUCGUGGUUCUCCUUCAUCAAUCAGCAUGAGCUUGGCCCGAGAUAUGCCUUCACUCCUAGCUGGUGGUUCUGGUUGGCCGCAACUGGUCUCACGCUGGGCGCAACCGCGAGUGUCAAGUGGGUUGGUCUCUUCACAAUCGCUUGGGUCGGCUCUUUGACCGUUCUCCAACUUUGGGUCCUUCUCGGCGAUACCAGGAAUGUCACCACUCGCGUCUGGUUCAAGCACCUUUUUGCCCGCAUUUUCUGCUUGAUCAUCAUCCCGGUCGGUUUCUACAUGGCCAUGUUUGCCAUUCACUUCAUCUGCCUCGUCAACCCAGGUGACGGCGAUGGUUUCAUGAGCAGCGAGUUCCAGUCUACGCUCAACUCUAAAGGCAUGGCAGAUGUUCCUGCCGACGUUGCAUUCGGUUCGCGCAUCAGCAUUCGUCACCACAACACCCAGGGAGGAUAUCUGCACUCCCACCCGCACAUGUACCCGACGGGUAGCAAGCAGCAGCAGAUUACUCUGUACCCGCACAAGGAUGACAACAAUGUCUUUCUGGUUGAGAACCAGACUCAACCCAUUGACUGGGCGGCGGACCCGACUGGCAACACAUCCGUCGUAGGACCACUGGCGUGGGACAGCCUGAAGCCAGAGUGGAUUGUUGAUGGUAGCAUCCUCAAGCUUUACCACCUCAGCACCGACCGUCGCGUUCACUCGCAUGACGUCCGCCCACCGGUCACUGAGGCCGAGUGGCAGAACGAGGUUUCAGCGUACGGGUACAAGGGCUUCGCUGGAGACGCCAACGAUCUUUUCCGAGUCGAGAUUCAGAAGAAGAUGUCCGAUGGUGCUGUUGCCAAGGAGCGCCUGCGGACUAUUGAGACCAAGUUCCGACUGAUCCAUAUCAUGUCUGGAUGUGCUCUCUUCUCGCAUAAAGUCAAGCUACCGAAGUGGGGAUUUGAGCAGCAAGAAGUUACCUGCGCUAAGCAGGGAACUCUUCCUAACAGCAUCUGGUAUGUCGAAAGCAACGUCCACCCCAAUAUGGGCCAAGACGCCGAAAAGGUCAACUACCGCAACCCGGGUUUCUUUGGCAAAUUCUGGGAGCUUCAACAAGUGAUGUGGACCACCAACGCCGGGCUGGUCGACUCUCACGCUUGGGACUCGCGCCCUCCAUCGUGGCCUCUUCUCUCUCGCGGUAUCAACUUCUGGGGCAAAGAUCAUCGUCAAAUCUACCUCAUUGGCAACCCACUUAUCUGGUGGGCCAGCACUGCCGCCAUUGGACUCUACUUCGCAUUCAAGGGUCUCGCUCUCCUCCGCUGGCAACGCGCCUGCAACGACUACCAAGAUCUCACAUUCCGCCGCUUCGACUACGAGGUCGGCAUGACGGUCCUCGGCUGGGGCUUCCACUACUUCCCAUUCUUCCUCAUGCAGCGUCAGCUCUUCUUGCACCACUACUUUCCCGCACUGUACUUUGCCAUCAUCGCUCUGUGCCAGAUCUUUGACUUCAACUUCAACCGCAUCAAGGUUGGUGCUUUCACCCUCCGCGACAAGCCUGUCGCAGGAUGGGGUGUCGCCACGGUCUUCCUCGCGCUGUCGGUCGUCGUCUUCUCCCUGUACGCUCCUCUCGGCUACGGCAACACAUGGACCAAAUCCGAGUGCAACCGCGUCAAGCUCUUCUCGACUUGGGACUGGGACUGCAACAACUUCUACGACUCCUACGCCGAAUACUCCCUUGCCGUCCCCUCCGCAGCCGGCGCCGCCGUGCAGACCCCUCAAGCAGCCGUCGGCGGUCCCGCCCCACCCGUCGCUGAAGAUCCGGCCAAAGAAGUCGUCGUCACCCCCGGCGCAGACGUCAACGACGCCGGCGUGGAAGACUACACGGAAGAACGCAUCGAGUACCGCGACGAAGAAGGCAACCUCCUCGACCCGGAGGAAGUGGCCGCCAUGGAGGGAGAAGUCAGCUUCUCCACGCGUUACGAGACGAAGACGAGGAUGGUGGAUCAGUAUGGGAAUGAAGUCGAGGGUGAUGGAGAUUUUGUCGAGGAAGGACAGGAUGUUGAGGCGGGUACCAGGGCGGAUGGCGUGGAUCAGGAGACGAAGGGAGAGGUGGAGGCUGGGGAGGAGAAGACUGUGCCGGCGGAGAAUGUGAGAGUUGCGGAGGAUUUGGCGAAGGAGGAGGUUGUGGUUCAGGAGGCCAAGGCAACGGGAGAGGCGAAGGCGGAGCAGGGGAGGGAUGAGUUGUGA